GUGCGGUCGCGACUUAUCGAUAAGGCGGGGAUAGCCCAAAAUCGCGACACCACGCGCCUACGCAUAUACAUCAAGUACGUAUUCUCCGGCAACCGCCGCGAUCAAGCCCAGCACCACAACACGGAUUCACCAGUUUAGCAGCACCGCGCGUGCGGGGCGUCGACACAUCCCGCCUCCUACCGCCUUGCCCCCAGGCACACACGCCCGCUCGGCUGACGCCGUCGCGCCUUUUUUUUUUUUCUUCUCUUCUCUCUCUUUGUUCCUCUCUCUCGACUCCCGACCGCGUCCACGGACGCGCACCGGGCGCCGUGUCCCGCACCACCACCACCGACCUUUUCCUGCCCGGCCGCCUGCCCACACCUACUAUAUACAUGCCUCGCCUGCCGUAGGCCGCCCCGACCCCGCGAGCCGACCAGCAGACCGAACCCGACGCGCGCGAUGCCGUCCCCCAGCGGCGCGCCCUCGCCGCCGCCGCCGCCGCAGCAGCAGCGCCCGCGCGCGCAACCCCCACCGCCGCCGUCGCCGCCGCUGCCCCCGCGCCCGGCCGCCCUGGCCCCCGGCCCCCGCGCCGCGCGCUUCCGCCAGGUCCUCGACUCGAGCCUCGCCGCGACGCUGGCGCGCGUCGGCUGGGACAACUUCGCCGCGUGCUACCCGACGGUGGCGGCGCGCGCGCCCGCCGUGCUGCGCGCCGUCCAGCGCCAGAUGGUCGAGCGCCUCGGCCAGCUGUGCCAGAAAGAAUUCGAUUCGGUGCUGCAGAGUCGCAACGUGGUGGCCAAGCUUAACGAGCUGGAGAGCCUGGUUAGCGAGGCGGAGCGCAGGCGGGACGAGGCGGGCCCGGAUGCCGAGGCGCCGAUUCCCCCGCACAUGCUGCCGGCGGAGCAGGUCCUGGCCGCGCAUCUCGCGCCGCACCUGGCGCAGCAGCAGUCGCAGCUCAACGCCAAGCUGCAGACGGUGCAGGCGCACAACGCGAAGCUCUUCGACGACGUGCGGCGGCAGCGCGCCGAGAUGGAGUCGCUCGUCGCCCUCCUGCGCAAGGUCUUCGAGGACAUCGACGGCGCCAACGGCAUGCUCGAUGACGUCGUCGACGACCUCGCCGCCGAGACCCGCACCGUCGAGGCCGAGAUGGCUGAGGCCGCGCCGUGAGCGAGGGGGCCAGAGGGCCGGAAAAAGGGGAGAUGGAGAGGAUCGCGGCAGCCGUCGCGAGAUGCCUCCUCGCUCCGCCCCGCCAGUCUGCCGUCGUGUGCCACGCUACGCUGCUAUUUUGCCGGCGGUGGCUGGCCUGCCUAUAUGGUUAGGCGAUUCGUCGGUUCGUUUCAUAGGGACGUCGCCUUACAUUACGCUACGCUACGCUGAUUUGUGCGCGCUAUACGGCAUGGCCUAGUCUAGUACGUGAUAUGUGUAUAUAUACAUUUACAAGAUACAGGGACUUCGCGAUUGGCAAGGGGCGGGCGAGGCCGGUCCCGUAGGUCACGGACUCGGAGUUCCGGCGUAUCGGGCGGGCAUGUGGUCAUUGUUGUAGGGAAUCGCGCCUAUUUAGCAUCGAGCGGGCCAGGCUCACCCUAUGCUGCCGCUCGUGGAGGGGUAAAAACAUGGCACGCUUUCAUCUC